GAGAAACACAGUUCAUGAGUGAUCGCUCGCUACCAUCAAGGCCUCUGAUCUGCUGUUGAUGUUUGCCUCAACCUUGCGUCACUCUCUUUGUGUUCGCAGACAAGAGAUGCAGCAUUGUGAGCAGGGAAGCAGAUUUCUUAAAGUGUCUUCAUACCAACUGGCGAGUUGUGCACCCGAUGAGCUCUACACAACGAAAGCAUUGAGCACCUAGUCGUGCAUGGUGAUUGUGUAUAUCGCUCUCAUCGCCUGUCUCAUCUUUGCGCACCUGCUCAUCUACUGUCUCGUCAAAUCGGGGAUUGCGGAAAGCAAGAAACCUGCUCCGCUGUCUGCUCGGCAGCGCAGGCGCCUCACAGAAGCGUGGCCAGAGUUUUUCCAGGACAGUGUGCUCCGCACUGGACCGAUCUAGCCUGACUCCGCGCCAAGUGCUCCUAAGGACAGCGCACGCACAGGAGCAGCCCACAAGACACAAGUUGAGGGGCCCUCAUGCUGAAGGGGUCCCGGCAUGAUUGCCGGGAAUGAUGGGUUGAAGUGUGGGAAUGCGGCUGGGAGCCAAGUCCGGUGUCCCAGAACUGCAAUAGCUGAUGGCUGGCAUCAGCUUCCCAGCAGACAGCAGCUUGUGACGCGAUUUGGCUUAUUCAAGAGCCAAUGCACACCGGAGGUGGCAGCCAGCGGGGAGGUGAGCUGCGCGUGCGAGCAGUGCGGCCGGUGCAGGGCGUUCCUGCAGGGCCGCCUGGAUGGAGGCCCCACCUGGCGCCAGUAUGAAGUCUGGACCCGCGACUACAUCAACUCCCUAGCAGCAUACCUGUGGAGGAGGGGGGAGGAGCUGGGCCUGGAGCACUUAGCCAUUCUGGAGGUUGGCGCUGGCGAUGGCCGGCUGAGUGCGCACCUGCAGGCAGCUCUCGCGCAGCUGCGACCUGCCACUAGUUGCUGCAGCGUGGAUCUGCGGUGCUCGGACAGCGGUCUGUGCGGGCUGCACGAGUGCUCGCCGUUCAGGCAGUUUGUGGAGCUGCUGUCGUGUGAAGAAGCGCUGAGAAAGCACCGGCCAGACGUUGUGCUGUGCUCCUGGAUGCCGCUGGGAGUUGACUGGACGUCCAGCGUGCGCGCCUGCCCCGAGGUGAAGGAGUAUGUUUUGAUAGGGGAGGCGGACGGCGGCAUCUGCGGCCACGCAGUCCUCACCUGGGGAGCAGGAGCAGAUAGAGAUAGGUCGAGCGAGCCUGAUGAGGCAUGGGAAUCUGAAUUCAAAAUAAUCCCCUCCGAGAAACCUUGCGUGCCUGAUGGGACCGAGCAGUCAGAGAGGACAUCGGGUGGUGCUGAGUCACCUUGUGCGGGCGGCUGCACUGUGAAGGAGCAGCACUGGGAGGGGAGAGGGCAGCUGUGCGAUGCUUGCUGCAGCAGUGCCAGAGAAGUUGUUGAUGGUAGGGAGGACCUGCCAGAGCAAGGACAACUUAGAAAGCGGCAGAGGAGGACAGCAGGGCCGGAAGCUGCCAGCUUUGUGCGGGUGGAUCUGCCGGAACUGAGCCGGCUGCAGCUGUGCUGCACAGAUGAGCGCUGGCUGGCCUCCACAAAGUCACAGACAGUGUCCUUCCGCCGGAGGGCUUGCUGAUGUUGCAGUGGAUCUUCUCAAGUUGCGAAUUAUGGUUUGGGAGAGGGUCUUGAUGACCUGAGGCUUUUGCAAAAGCAUGCUGGGGCCACUAGAGAACAUGUGGGUGCUGGCAGAUUCAAAGAGGAUAUGAGCUGUGAAGAGCGCAAUUGCUCUCAUUCCUGCUGUGCAGUAACAACCGGUUGAAAUAGGUGGUUGAGAUAUUGCAUGUCAGCAGGAGCCUUGAAUGCCGCAUUCAGCAGAAGCGUCUUCAAGCUGUAACACAGAUUUGCAUUGGCAUUUCUUGGUUAGAGAGUAUCACAUGAUCUGAAAAAUAUCCGCACUGUCAUACAAGGCACCUGGUGACAUGUAAGCCGUGGCAUUCGUC